CACCCAUUGGUCACACUGUUUUCAUUAUAAUAUGUUAUGCUAAAGUAAUUCAAUAAUCCCCAAACGAAAGUGUUUAUUUUAAUAUACGAACAUAUUACAAUGGCCCUUAACGGGUUUCUUGACUUCUUUCAGAAGGGAAAGGUAUGUACAUUCAGACCAAAGAAGGGUUUCACCGCUGGAACAAUUCGGUAUUCACUGCAUAAGCAAGCCCAGGCCAGUUUGCAAUCUGGCAUAAAUCUCCGCCUAGCAGUGCGAUUACCAGAAGGCGAGAAUAUGAACGAUUGGUUAGCGGUGCACGUCGUGGACUUUUUUAACCGCAUCAAUCUGAUUUAUGGCACUGUAUCCGAGUACUGCAAUGAAACGACGUGUCCAACGAUGAGUGGUGGUUCUCGGUAUGAAUAUCUUUGGGCAGAUGGAGAUUUGUACAAAAAACCUACUGCACUGCCUGCCCAAAAAUAUAUUGAACUUUUAAUGGAUUGGAUUGAGACGCAAAUCAACAAUGAAUCUGUAUUUCCUGUAUCCACUGAUGUGCCAUUCCCGAAAACAUUUCUGUCGCUUAGUCGCAAGAUUCUGACACGUUUGUUUCGUGUUUUUGUACAUGUCUACAUCCACCAUUUUGAUAGAAUUGUCACUAUUGGCGCGGAAGCACACGUAAAUGCUUGCUAUAAGCAUUUUUAUUACUUUGUGCAAGAAUUUGAACUGAUAUCCGGAAAGGAAUUGGAACCUUUGCACGAAAUGACAUCCAGAAUCUGUAAAGAUUAAUAUGUUUUGAGGACAUUUUAAUAUCUCGAAAUCUCCAAAGUCAUAAUUGUAGGAUGCUUUUAAUAAAUAAUAAAUAGCAUAUGUAUAUGUAUAUGAAUGUAUGUUAGUUCUAAGACUGUGAUGUCCAAACGUACACCAUUAAACAGAAACACUAAUCAGUUUUAAAAAGUUUA